AUGAAGGGCGCGCUCCACCUGGACUCUGCUGGGAACAACUCAGGUACCGGUUUGCCUGACGAGUUUCAAUUCAAUGCUGGCGAGUUGAGGGUCAAGUUUGUACUCAGUCCAAGCACCAGCGCCAGCUAUGACAAGUACUUUGCGCUAGGCUUAACUCCGCCCUUUGCAGAGUUCGAGCUACUGGUCCAGCAGGAUCACCUGCCUGACCUGAACCUGCAAUCGCUUGUGGACAACACCUUAGAUGUGAAACUUGCCCUUUUCGACGAUUUCAUCAUGUCUUUCUUAUUGUACAUGUGGUACAUUAUGUUAUGGAAAUCCAGGGUUAUCUCUCUUUGUUGUACCAUUACUGUAAUUUGCUGGCUGACAGAAUAUCCAGACGAGGACUGGGCGCGAUUGUCGACAUUUGUUACUUGCUUGAUUGUGUUGAUCGUGAAUUUUUUCGAGAACCAGAGAUUGAGUAUGACCACUGGAGGCCCGAACGCACCGCUGACAGAGGAAGGAUUCAACCGCGUCGCCAAUUGGGACGACCCCUGGCAGAUGCACGUGUUCAUGCUCAGAUUCGUGGCCCUGCUUGGUGGGACCGUGCGGAGCGAGCACGACCUCCACCAGUUCGUGGUGCCGAUGGUGAAGGACGGGGUGCCGGUGGUGAGUCUGAGCACUGCGCUCGAGGCGCUGAGGCGGCAGCCCUGGUGCAAGCUGGAACCGCGAAAGCUGAAGGAGCGGGACCUGGUGCGGCUGCACGGGCGGCGCAAGGCUUCGGUGAAGAAGAUCAAGGAGCGCGUCUGCCACGGGUUGCCAAAGCAGAGCGUCAGCGACAGGAGCGUCCGUGCCAGCGCGACCAGAGAGGACAGCAGCGAUGUGGAGCCUGGCCUCAACGAUCAACCUCCCAGCCAGGAGUCGUUGAGCAGGUCUGUCGCGAGCGACAUGUCCGCGUCCAGGACGACCAAGAAGACCGUAUCCGCAGUCCUCCUCGAGUUCGAGCCUGACGACCUGGGCUUGGAGCCGGAGAGCUGCACCCGCCGUGUCCCGUUGGACGGCGAGUUGGUGUACAGCACGACCGACCGCUCCAAAGGCGACUGGAAGAUGACUCGAGUAGACUUGACGCCGGACGACGGAGAGGACGGGGAGCACAAACACGGUGGCGGAUCGUGUGGACCAGCAGGGUCUUCGACGUCGACGACAAAGGAGGAUUCAGGCUUCAGAGUGAGAAGAACUCUCCCAUCAGCGAAACUUUGA